AUGGGCAAUACCGAGCCAAAAACCACUGCGGUAACAACGCUAAGUGAAGCGACCUCGAAAGAUCACUCAAAGUACUAUGGCACUUGGGAGUCGAACGACGACACUGCCAUCCCAAAUGACCAAAACCCCUUUCUCGACCCUGAGAUUGCAGAGUACUGGAGUGGAGUGUAUGAAAAGGCGCAGUAUGAGUGUCGCCAUGUGUUUGACCCUGCCUUGACGUGGUCCGCAGAAGAAGAAAAGCAAUUGAUACGCAAACUUGACUGGAGGAUUUGUUUAUGGGCGUGUGUCAUGUUCUUCGCUCUCCAGGUCGAUCGAGGAAACCUCGUUCAGGCGGUUUCUGACACGCUUCUCGAGGAUUUGGGACUGAACACAAAUGACUACAACUAUGGCAACAUUGUCUUCCGGGUCUCGUUUCUCCUGGCAGAGCUGCCAUCGCAAUUAGUGUCCAAGAAAAUCGGACCAGACCGGUGGAUACCCACUCAAAUCGUGCUAUGGUCAGUGGUGGCUGUAUCACAAUGCGCCCUGGCCGAUCGAAGGUCAUUCUUGAUUACUCGGAGUCUGUUGGGUAUCUUAGAGGGUGGCUUCAUCCCCGACAUCGUCCUCUGGCUCUCGUACUUUUAUACUUCUCGCGAGCUGCCAGUGCGUCUAAGUUUUUUCUGGACGUCGCUCUCCGUCACAACCAUCGUGACCUCCCUCCUAGCCUUCGCAGUCUUCCAUCUCGGAGGCGUCCACGGCAUGGCCGGGUGGCGAUGGCUGUUCCUCAUCGAAGGCGUGAUCACGCUGAGCAUCGGGCUCGCCUCAUUCUUCAUGAUGCCCGCCUCCGUCGUGCAAACCAAGACAUGGUUCCGACCCAACGGGUGGUUCACGGACCGCGAGGUCGCCAUCGUCGCCAACCGCGUCCUCCGCGACGAUCCCUCCAAGGGCGACAUGCACAACCGCCAAGCCAUCACGCCGUCCAGGCUCUGGGAUGCCGUCAAGGACUACCAUAUGUGGCCGAUAUAUUUUAUCGGAGUGGUCGCAUAUAUCCCUCAGUCGCCGCCAAACUCGUAUCUCACGCUGACUCUUCGCUCGGUGGGGUUCAACAAGUUCAAUACGAAUUUGCUCACUAUCCCGUCGAGUGUGUUUCAUAUUUUCAACUUGUUGCUGCUCACUAAGAUAUCUAGCUGGCUUAACCAGUGGGCUUUGGUUGCUAUGUUCCAGGCUAUUUGGACACUGCCGUGCUUGCUUGCUUUGCGCUUCUGGAGUGAGGUUAUUAGCAAUGCUUGGGGAACAUAUGCCCUGGUGACUGUCUUGCUGAGCUAUCCCUAUUGCCAUGCAAUCGUGGUCGCCUGGGUGUCUAGAAAUGCCAAUAAUGUCGGCAAUCGCUCGGUGUCGGCUGCACUAUACAAUAUGUCAGUCCAGGCAGGAGAUAUCGCUGCCUAUUUCAUUUACAGAGAAGAUGACAAGCCGAAAUACCGACGCGGGAAUACCGAUCUCAUCGCUAUCAAUGUCCUGGCUAUCGUGUUGUUCCUGGCAGCCAAAGCAUACUAUGUGUUCCAAAAUCGGAGAAGAGAAAAGGCUUGGAAUGCCAUGACUGAACAGGAGCGGGCCAACUAUCUCAGGUCUACGAAGGUACAAGGAAGCAAGAGACUGGAUUUCAGGUUUGCGCAUUAA